AAUUGAGUUUGAAACAUGUUUUAUAAGAGACAUACUCAUUGUAUUGUUUUCUACUGUAGAAUCCAGGUGGACAGCAAGAACAUACUACAAUGCAAAGAUGAGCAGCACAAUGUCACUGAAAAAGACGCCCUUGGUGAAAGGAUGAGCCAGCUCUUUGAUCCAUCUGUGGAAUACAAUGAAACACAAGAGAAGAGGACUUGCUUGAUCUUCAAUCAUGAGAGGUUUUUCUGGCACUUAAUGUUACCAGAAAGACGUGGUACUUAUGCUGACCGAGAUAAUCUGAACCGCAGCUUGACUAAACUUGGAUUUGAAGUGAGAUGUUUUGAUGACCUUAGAGCAGAAGAAAUAUUGGAAACCAUUUUUAAUGUGUCCAAAGAGCAGCAUGACGAUGCCGAUUGCUUUAUGUGCAUUUUCCUGAGCCAUGGAGAAGAUAACCAUGUUUACGCUUAUGAUGCUAAAAUACAGAUACAGGAUCUGACCAAUAUGUUCAGAGGUGAUAAAUGCCGUAGUCUGAUAGGAAAGCCAAAAAUAUUCAUAAUUCAGGCAUGCAGAGGAGAUAAACAUGAUGAUCCGGUCUUUCCUAACGAUGCGGUGGAUAGCAUUACAGACCGCUCACUUGUCAAUGAAACCGAAAUUGACGCUGCUGCAGUUUAUGCUUUACCUGCUGGUGCUGAUUUCAUCAUGUGUUAUUCUGUUGCAGAAGGUUUCUAUUCCCACCGGGAGACUGUAUAUGGUUCUUGGUAUAUUCAAGAUCUGUGUGAGAUGAUACAAAAGCAUGGUACUUCCCUGGAAUUCACAGAAUUACUGAUGCUUGUUAACAGGAAGGUAUCACAUCGCAGGGUAGAUAUAUGCAAAGAUAUUGCUGCUAUAGGGAAAAAGCAGAUUCCUUGCUUUGCUUCAAUGUUAACUAAAAAACUGUACUUUUACCCCAAAUCAUAGCAGCAUGAUGGAGUAAUUAUUAUUUUUGGCUACAUAGGUUGUGGGAAGCGGUGGUGUGCUUUGCACGAAUCAAAACAAAAAGAAUACAGUACUGUUAAAAUAGAUCAAUUUUAUAUCCACUUAUCUAAAAUAUGCUGCAUUAAACUCAAUGAGACUUGAUUCUGAAUAGACAUAUAGAAUUGUACUGAUAAUUUAAAAUGUGUGUUUAGUUAGUAUAUAGUCUAUUACUUAACACUUAAACUCAGAUCUUCAGGAAAUGGUUAAUUAAAAUCAUUAGAUGAGCAGAUCCAUGCAAUAAAAAUCACAGACAACAAUUGCGGACUCGAAAUGGCAAACAGAAAUACAAAUUCU